GUGAAAAUGUAAAAUAAAAGUUCUUUAUCCAAAAAAAAAUAAGUAAAUAAAAUAAUAGAAUAUAUUAUAAAGAAUGUUGCUUAAACAUAAAUUAUCGACAACAUUCACCGAAUGCAACCGAUAUCAUCAUAAAGGAGGUAAAAGUGGAGCACAAAAGGAGGAGAAGAGAUGCAAAAUAGUUUCGAAAUGAGAUCUCAAAUGUGUACAUAUAAAAAUAUUAUAAUAUGGAACAAUGAUUUAUGAUGCAGGCAGUUGCAAGCAAUUAGUACAUAGAGACAAGACACAAACUUUUGUGUAACGACACAUUAUUAAAAAAAUAUUUAAAAGAAAAAAAAAAUAAUAUUUGAAAGAAGAUAAAAAGUUAUUUUAAUUGAAUUUCAUCGUUGCCGUUGUCACAUUUUACAGUCAUUGUUGUUGCUUCAUUCUGUCCCAGUGCAAAGAGAGAGGAAAAGAAAGAAUUACAAAGUUGAAUCCACAAGAAGAAAGUGACGUUAAGUGACAAAAAAAAACUGUCGACUUUUGUGUUAUGAUUUCUCCUUAGUUUCGUCAUUAUGUCCUUGGUUACGUUCUAUUUACCUUUCAUUCAAUCCACUUCACCACCACCAAUUUGGUUUUAAUGAACACUCGCAGUAAAUUGACGAGCAACUGUUGUUUUAUUUCCAACCAAGUUACAUGCAUUUUGUGUUAUUUUCAUUUUUGAUUCCUUUAAUAUUAUUAUAACGCAAAACAACCAAAAAUAAGAAUAAAUUAGAAUAAAUAAUAAUAAAGUAACAAGCCAACAACAAUUAAGGACAAAAUAAAAAAAACAUUUCUUGUGAACAUAAAGGAAUUAAAAAUAAAAGAAAAAAAGAAAGAACGACGAAAAAAAUUUUGUAAUCAUUGUGGUCCCCCAAAUCAUGGCUGAUAUGCCUGAUUUAUCACAUUUAACACCUGAAGAACGUGCGAUCAUCGAAAAUGUUAUUAGUAGACAAAAACAAGAAGAAGAAACUGAGCGAGAAUUAAUGAAACGUAAACAAGUCGAAGUAGAAAAUUUAGAGCAGAGCAUAAGACAACGUUCCGAGCAACAAAAAAAGGCUGGUGUUGAAUUAGAUGCAACUUGUCAAAUAUGUUUAAAGACACGAUUUGCUGAUGGCAUUGGACAUGUGUGUCAUUAUUGUAGUAUUAGAUGUUGCGCUAGAUGCGGUGGAAAAGUAACAUUACGUAGUAAUAAGGUCAUUUGGGUAUGCAUAUUGUGCCGUAAGAAGCAAGAACUGUUAUCAAAAACUGGACAAUGGAUUAACAAAACAACUAGCCCAGAGGGUCUCAUUAGGCAUGUUGGUAGCGAUACUAGAACAACAUUACUAAAUCCGCAUGAUACAUCAGACAAACGACCAAAAUUAGAGCGUGCUCGAAGUGCCGCUGAAAAAGAAAAUCAGCCAUUACAACGAACCAGCAGCCUAUUACGGCGUCAGUAUUCACAACAAGAAACGUCAACACCACGUCGAGCAUCAGCAUCGGAUAGUGGUGUAGACGAUAGCUAUAUACAACGAAGCCAUUUACAUUCGCAACAUCAGCAAAGUAGCAGUAUUGUUAGUGGUAGUUCGAAUGUUGAUGGUCAAUAUUUAAAUCAAACGCCUCUUUAUCGAAAUACGAGUAGUUCAUAUUAUUCACAAAGCACUAGCGGCUAUCCGCAAGACGAUGAUCCACGUUAUUAUCAGGGAGAAAUCGAAGGAUUAAUGAGAACACAUCCGCAUUUGGUACAUCCAAGACAACAAACAUAUAUGAGUCAUUCACAACAACAGCAAUCGAGCUAUAUGAAACAGCCAAAAUCAGCACAAGAAAUGCAUCAGCAUCAUCAACAUUAUGGACCACAAGAUCCAUAUGCAAAGACACAAAAGAGAUCAUUAGGUAGUGGCUCAUAUUUGCCAGCACAAAGAUCAUUUAGCAGUUCGGAAGAGGAUAUACGUUCAACACCGGAAUUUGAAGCAUGGAAAUAUUUUGAUGGUGCACCAUCAUCGACAUCAUCAUCAACAUCGAAAAGAAAUUAUCCACCAUCACCAACAUCAACUACAACAAAUAUAGUCGGAGACUCAAGAAUAUCGCUGGCGAAAUCGCAACCAAUAUCAAGUACAAUAACAUCAUCAUCAAAGCUGGAUAUUCAUCAAAAGAAUCAAUACAAUCGUGUUAAUCACUCAAGUCAUAUUUAUAACAAUAAUAAUUAUAGUAACAAUAAUAAUAAUAAUCGUCUAGGUAGUAAUAGCUAUCAUAAUACAAAUCCUCUUCCAUCAUCACAUAUUCAUGACCAAUCACUGCAUAAUGCUGAUGAUCUAGCGUACCACCAUCAUCACCACAAUCAUCCGACUUUAGCGACAUCUCCAACGAAGUCGUCAUCACAAUAUAAUUAUAAUUAUAACAAUAGAACCAGUGCCAUACUCAAUCAAUCGAAUAGUGGUAGUAGCUCGUACAGUUAUUAUUCAAAUAAUCGUUAUUUAAGUGAUACACUCGAUCCAUAUGUGGAUGAGCAAUCAGCAGGUGAUAAUCGAAGAUUUACGGAACGUAGAAAGAAAACUGUGCGCUUUGACGGACAAGAUUCUGAUGAAUUUUCUCGUUGGGAAAGUGAACGGCAAGAGAGUCAAGACUCAACAACUAAAGAUUCGGGAAUUGAUACAAGUAGCACAUUUACCAGCAGUGAAGAUUCUAAUCGUGGUGAUGGACCAAAGGUUGAUUUGAUUGAACGUCGUUCACGACGUGAUAUGUCACCACAAGGUCGUAAACGAGUUGCUGGUAUGGUAUCACGAGACUAUCAAACUGUAUCAGGUAUUGGUGGUGGAUCACAUAGUUAUCAGCAAUCAAAUGUACAACGAAGAGGUGAGAUGUCAAUGAGUCAUAGGAGUCAAUCAGCAGCGCCAAGUGAUUAUCGAAGUGAAAGACGUGGCUCAUUAUCACCACCAGAUGAUCGUUAUAUAACAAGUUCCAAAGACUACCCGGUUCUUCCAUUACAACAGCAACAAUCAUUUCCACAAAAAUUUCAAUCACGUUCAGCAACAGCAACGCCAACUGGUUCACCGAAAAAGCGCCAAUUGCCAAAAGUACCUCAAAUAUCACGAAAUCCCGCCAUACGAGAUCGACUGAUGCAAGACUUUGAGGAGCGUUCGAUGGGUAGAUCAAGAUAUCGUGUACGACAAGGAUAUCACAUACCACAAUAUAGGAGUACGGGUGCGGGAGGAUGGGAAAGACAUUACUCCGGACUUUCCGAUAGUGACUUACCAAAUGCCGAGACGCGGUUACGACCAAAGGCCUCUCUUUCGCCAGAUAAAGACUUAAUAGGUGAUUUUGGAGAUUCAGAUAUGGAAUCUGUUGUAAGUGUCACAUCGAGUGCCUUUUCAACGCAAUCUGAAAGGCCGCGAGGUUCGAAAGGAUUAAGUAGUGACUUUGAUAGAAGAUCGAGAAAUCUAGAAGGUGGACAUCGCGAAUCCUUCAAGAAAAAUGAUAGGACCAAUGAACGAAAUAGUGAACAAGAUCGUGACGCAAGUGAUCGUGAGUUAAAAGAUGGAAAUCUUAAUCGUAGUUUAUCGAAUACUGAUACUAAUAUAGAAGAUAGAAUAGAUGGUAGUUUAAGUGAUACAGCUGUCGGACUUACAGGCCUUGAUGGUCGACGUGGUAAACAAAUGGACCAAAGAUCUCCAAAAAGCGAAACGUCAACACAAGAUCGAAACAGUGGUGCUAGUAGUGGAAUGGGACGGAAAAGCAAUUCGACAUCACAGUUGUCGGCAACAGGUCGAAAACGGCGUAUGGGCUUCGGAAAAAGGGGUAAAAAUUCUUUUACAAUACAUCGAAGUGAAGAAGUUUUGCCCGGCGAGAUGCGUGGUGGGCUAUCACGUGGCUCGAGCGCAUCUAGCGAUGGUGAAGGCAGUGCUGAUGGCGACAGAUGGUCCCCAUCACUACGAAUGGUUAGCGAUGGUGGUCAACUUUCUGAAUUUAUUGAUGGCUUAGGACCAGGACAGCUGGUGGGUCGUCAAGUUUUGGGUGCUCCUGCAUUAGGUGAUAUUCAAUUAUCACUAUGCUACCAAAAAGGCUUUCUAGAAGUCGAAGUGAUACGAGCGAGAGGAUUACAGGCACGUACCGGAUCAAAAGUAUUACCCGCGCCAUACGUAAAAGUGUAUUUAGUGUCGGGUAAAAAAUGCAUAGCAAAAUCAAAAACAGCCGCAGCUCGAAAAACGUUAGAUCCACUUUAUCAACAAACGCUGGCGUUUCGUGAACCGUUUCAAGGCUGCAUCCUUCAAGUCACUGUAUGGGGUGAUUAUGGACGAAUCGAAGGCAAAAAAGUAUUUAUGGGUGUAGCUCAAAUAAUGUUAGAUAAUCUAAAUCUCUCACACAUCGUCAUCGGAUGGUACAAACUCUUCGGAACAACCAGCCUGUAAACGCUAAUUUUUACAAAUCCACAACCAAUUUUCAGCAAAAAAAACCCUAAAUUUAGUGAAUGAACUUAGUUAAACUAAUAAAGGAAAUAAAAAAAUAUUUAAUUAAAAUACAAAAAAAAAAUAAAAAAAACUUCACAAUAAUGAAUUUUUUACGAAAGAAAAUAAAAUAAACUGUUUUCAAAGUUAAAUUUCAAUGAAAAAAUCGAAAAAACUGAAAGUAUUAGCCUUUAAAAAUCAUAUGACAUGAAAAAACAAGUGAUUAAGCUACUAAAAUGAGGAUUAAAACAAAAUGCUUAUGUUCUAAUUUCGAUUAAAUUUAAAACAGAUUCGAAAUUUUGCGAUGAAUAAAAAUUUGUAUUUCUUCAUUUGUAAAACUUGACAUAUUUUUUAAAAGAAGACAGAAAAUUGUUUUUAAUUGUUACUUACCUUUAAGCUUUUUGGUGUGCAAUUUGAGCGAUAGGAAAAUUUUUGUGUAAGUAAAAACCAACUUUGAAAUUUUUCUUUAAAAGAAAUACUACAAUUUUGAAAGUUUAAAAUCUCAAGUUUAGCCAUUGGUCAUUAAAAGAAAAGAAUUUGACAACUGAUUAAUAUUUUUUAAAAAUGGCUAUAAACAAUUUGUUGGCUGCAUCUUACUAUCUAAUUCUGUAGGUUUGAAUUGUAUGACAAAAGAAUUUUAUUCUUCUUGAUAAGCUCUAAACAUAUCUUGAAAGUUUGACAAUUUAAAUGUUGAAUCUGAAAUAAAAAAUUUUGUGGUUUUACUUUCGAUAUGUUCAAAAAAUUUCCUAUCUCUAAAAUUUCAG